UUUACUCCGCAUAAGGACUUCGAUAUCUCUAUUAUCUGGCACAACUUAGACUCUCGGAGCGACUUUCUUACGUUUCGCAAGGAGUCGCAGGGACCAAUUGAGCGCAUUCUAAUCGAUUUCGCAAGAGUACUAGAGAGUGGGAUGUUUACGGUGUAUAGUGUAAAUGCUUACUCGCAUUUAUUCUGUGUGACAGUAGCUUGUGAAAAGAACAAAGAUGAGGGAGUUAUGGACUUGGUGUUGAGUGUG